AAAGUUGGAAUCUUAUAGAAACCCGUGUUGUUUGGCGACUGAAGUUAAAAGAAGUAGGAUAUUAAAUGAAUGUAACGCGAACAAUAAAGAAUUAACGGGACGCUUUGAGUGAUAUUUGGAUAUAAACGAAGUUUUUUCGGGUACAGCUAGUUAAAGCGCGACUUUCAUUAAGAAGUGCACACCCUAAAACCAGUUUUGAGUUUACUUAGUGUACAUACAAACAUACAUUUACAUGAAAAAGUCUUCAAUAAUUGAAACUCAAGUCGUGAAUAGCGCUGCAUGAAAGAAACAGUUGCAUUGCCAUUUCACGAAUAUAAAUGAUUAAAUUUUAACUAAAAGUUAAUACAAGUUAAUACAACUGCCAUAAAAAUGGCUCUCGAGGCAAUUCAGACAUCGCUGUGCAGUAUGCCGGGAAAGAGUAACAACCGCGACCGCAUCCGCGAUCCACGCGAGGAGAUCCUACUCGAGACGAACUUCGAGGACGAUGGCGGAGUCAUGACACGUGCCUACAACGGAAAUCCGUACAAUCCGUCAAUCCAAAACAGGCGAAGAAAUUCGUACCGAUCGGAUCACUCCUUGGACAGGUACACAGAGCGCGGAGGCGAAGGAGAAUGCUGUCAAUCAUGCAUGGCGCGUAUUCCUUACGCCACUUUGAUAGCCACACUCAUGUGCCUCCUGGGAGUGGGCAUCUUUUGCUUCACCAUGUAUCGAGGAGCCUCACUCACCGUCAUAAUGGUUGAUCAAGUCUUCCAUUUGCGUCUGAUAUGGAUCGAAGCCGUGCAGAUGAUAUUUGUCAUUAUAGGUGCUGGAAUGGCUGCUCUCGGAUUUAUGAUAUUGUUCGUUGGCUUUUUAGCCACCGGAUCCACCAGAUACAAGGUUUACAGAGCGUGGCGAUCGAGAGUGGGAGGUCGAAUAUCCUGUGCAGUUCUUAUGGGAAUUACCUAUCUGCUCAACUUUGUAUGGAGUUUGAUCCUUUGUUUUCUGGUUGUAGUCACAUUUAUAUAUACGAUGUUCUGGAACAUGUGCUCGAGUGUGGAGCACUCGCAAAGUUGCAUUGAUUUGACACAAUUCCAUUUCAUGUUUCCGCCAAAUACAAAACUCGAGGAUAUGAAGGUUUGCGAAAAGUACGAGAUCAAGGCGUUCUGCAAAGACGGCGUCGAAAACGCUGAAGUUAUGUUCAUAUUGGCCACCCUUUCUACUCUGUUGGUCAUACUUAGUCUUGUCCAUUAUUUGAUGUGUCUCUCCGCCAAUUAUGCCCAUAUUCGCGACCACGAAAAAUUUCAGGAGUUACAGGAAAUCCAAAACCUCAACGAGCUGGAGUACAGCGCCACGUCGAAGGAUCGAUUCUAGGAUAUAUUUCAGAAGAUUCAAUUUGAGCUUAAGGACAAGCCUAGCGCUAUUUGAGACAUUGACACUUUAUACAACGAACGCUGAUCUAAAUAGCAACGAAAGCCUAUUUUCUUUAGUUAAAACUCGGCUUUGUGCUAAGAAUAAAGUUUGUUUUGUUGCUUUUUAUGCUUAUUUAAUGAUUUAAUUGCUUAUGUUUAAUUUAUAUUCAAAUCAGUUCUAUCAAAGUCCCACAGACAACAGAAAAGAUCCCACUGAAAUUCUACUUUAUAUAAUCUUCAAUUUCCGUCCAUUAAAUUAAGUUAGUAUACCUUACCUAAUUAUAGUUCAAUCAAUUAUGUUAGUUUGUUAUCACCUUGCAGGCGAAUUAAAUACAUACAAACAUAAUAAAUUUACAUGCUUAUGCUCAAAUUGAUUCUUCUGAAUUGCCCAAUGCAUUAAAACAAUAAUGUUAGUUAAUUGGAACUUGUUUCCUAUAAUAUAGAGUAAAUUCAUCUGUGCGCGAUUACCAUCAUUAUCUGUACAAGAAAUUACCCUCACAUGUGUUUACAUCUUUCAUGCAUCAACAAUUGUAAAGCAAUAUAAAUCCUACCGCGGUAAUUCAUCAAAUGCGGCGGUCGGAGUUUAAUACGAAUCGAAUAGAUUUUAAGGCAUUAAUAUAAGUUUAAAUAUAUGCAUCUUGUAUUUUAAUAAUACAUUAUUUUAUU